AUGGAGGAGGAGCAGAACAUUGGGCUCAAAGUGGAGCCAAUCAAACAGUGGCUCAUUGUGCCAUGUCACUGCAACUCAACAACUUUUUUUGAAAUGCAAACUUUCAACGCAAGUUCACAAUGAAGUGAAGUGCAGUGCGAAACUCCUCAAUCUAAAAUUGAUCAGUUGCACGGUCUCCAGAGCUGACAAUAUGGGCGUGGCCUCGGCGGCCAAAUGGCGUUUUCAUGAUUUUUGUGGUCAAAGGCGAUGAAAAAUGAUUGUUCGACAUGAAAACAGACUAAUUCUCAGAAUUAAUGACGUUUUGGCGCAUUUUUCGCGAAUUUCGCUUUUUCGCCUUCGCCGCCGAUCGCCGCCUAAAACCGCACUUCUUAUUUUGCGCUUUCUUGACCGUUUUCAGACAGAAUUGGCUUUGUGAAUAAUAAAUCACGUAAAUACAAGCAUUUUGAGCACUCGAACCGCGAAAACUACCGAAAAGCAGCUGAAAUUCAGGAAAUUUUAGCCAAAAACCUUCAAACGGAUAAAUGUGAUUUGCGACUUGACCAAAUUUAACGCUCUUGCGCUUAAAAAAUUUGUAAUAGCCUAUAUAAUCGGUCUAUCGAGAGACAAAUGAGAAAUUAUCGGUUUUUCGUGGCAAAUCUGCCAAAAAACACAAAUUUUGCUGUUAAAAUUUGAAUUUCGCGCCAAUGUAUCGCUCUAUUGGGCGGGGCGCACUUGCCCGCCCAUUGUCAGCUCUGGAGACCGUGAGUUGCCAGUUUUUCAGGUGCAAAUGUCCACUCUUCGUUCUUCUUCUCCCUUCUUCCAUCAAUUCGAACAAGCAGCGAUCAGAAAAGAGGUAAUUGAAACCGACGUUUCCAUAGAAACCCGCUCUCCGCGAAGGACAACACAUAAUCUAGUCAAAUGUUUUACACCUGCUCUCACGCCUUUUUCAGCCUCAACUUUCGCUCAUUUUUACCUUAGAAAAAAAAAACCUUUGACCAAACUGGGCCCAAAACACCCAAAAUAAGAACCAGUUCAUCUCCUUAAUCAUUUCUGAUUUUCAGCGAUGAAACUGGGCUGUUUUCCUGCCCGUCCUCUCCUAAUUCUGCUCGCCCUGGUGAGCAUUUCUCAGUCCGGAAUCCAGCUACAUUAUACGGGAACUGCGUGUCAAGCCGGACUUCCCGUCGCAUACCUGCUUCUCAACGCUUUUCUGAUUUUCGCGGUGCUCCGAAAACACGAACGAACUCUGAAGUGGGCGCAGAGAGCUACGGUAAGCAGUUUUUCUUGUCGAAGUGCUCCCUGGAGUACUGUAGCUCUUGAAAGUUAGGGAUCACUUUAGCACCGGCGCAUUUCACUGCCAACUUCCAAGAACUACAGUACUCCGGGCAGUAAGUAAUCCUAGAAAAAAGUUGUCUACUACAAAAAUGAAUUACUAGACACGAAGAUAUCAGAAAUACAAUUGAGGACCCAGUCCUACAAUACUUAUUCAAACUUCUUCAGGUGCUCCUGAUUGUCGGCUCGUCCAUUCCGAUCCUCUUCGUUCCGAUCUUCACCGCGAGCCUCAUCGCUUCGGGAAAAGUGGACAAUUACACUGAGCACGCGUUGGGAAAUGGUACCGCGCAUAGUUACGAAACUGCCGACGGCCGCUUCUACUGGGGAAGUGUGUGCGGAUUCGUGCUCGAGAUCGCCAUGAUCGUCUUUGUUGCCGGUGAGGAACGGGUACUUUAGGUUCUGUAGGUACUGUAGGCAAACUACCGUAGUACUAGCUUGAUGUUCUAAUAGUCUAGUGAAGGGUUACUGUACCCAGACCAACUACUAGCCCAUUUGCAGUGGAAGCGCUCAAGUACGUCCUGGUCACGCGAUUCUGGCGCGCCGAAGUCGACAAGCAGCUGUUCAUCAACACGGACACCUUCAAAACUCCAUAA